GCGGUGUAAUCGUGUGAUAUAGUGGUGUUGUGUUGAUAAGUGGUGGGUCGCGGGCAGUGUGUGCGCUGGGCCAGCAUGACACAGGUGGUGGUGUACCUCGCGCUGCUCGCGUGCUCGGCGGCAGCCAGCGACAACCUGUACGAGCUCAAUAUUAUACACUACAAUGAUUUUCAUGCGCACUUCGACGAGAUAAGUCCAUCAGGCGGAGUAUGUCAGCCAGAAGUAGAGACUUGCAUCGGGGGCUUCGCCCGUCUCUACACGGCCAUAAAGCAAGCGAAGGAGGCAGAACCUGACUCCCUGCUCCUGAACGGAGGAGACACCUUCCAGGGCACCGUCUGGUACAACUUCCUCAGGUGGAACGUCAGCUACAACUUCAUGAACUUGCUGGAUCAUGACGCUCAUGUGCUAGGCAACCACGAGUUCGACCACGGGAUAGACGGUCUACUACCUUACCUUGAACGUCUGAACGCGCCCAUGCUUGGUGCCAACGUGAACACGGAGUUAGAGCCGGAGAUGACACCCUACGUCAAGAACCACGUCAUCGUUAAUAGGAAGGGCCGGAGGAUUGGUAUCAUUGGCGUGUUAUUGCAACAGUUCUCAGCUCCUAUCGGCAAUGUGAAGAUGGAGGACGAGCUAGAGGCGAUAAACCGCGAGGCGGCCAUUUUGACGGCGGAUGGAGUCGACAUCAUAGUCGUGCUGUCACACGUCGGAUACACCAGCGAUAUUUGGUUAGCAGAGCGUGUGUCUCCAACAGUGGACGUUAUAGUGGGCGGCCACUCCCACACGCUGCUGUACACUGGGCCCACGCCCAACGGCGACACCGCGCUGGGAGAGUACCCCACUGUUGUAACACAAGCUAAUGGACACCGGAUCCCGAUAGUGCAAGCGUCGUGUUACACGCGGUACCUGGGCAACAUCAAGCUGUUCAUCAACGCGCAGGGCAUCGUGGAGCGCUGGCAGGGAGAGCCUGUGUUCCUCGGCUCCUCGAUCGUGCAAGAUGAAGGAAUGUUGAAGAUAUUGGACGAGUGGCGCAUCGAGGUGGACGCGAAAGGCAAGGAGGUGCUGGGCGAGUCGCGCGUGUCGCUCAGUCGCUCGCGGUGCUCCAUGGACGAGUGCAACCUCGGCAGCUGGGCCUGCGACGGGUUCCUCGAUGAGAUGGUACGUUACGCUAAGGGCCCGAAUUGGAACCACGCUCACUUGUGUCUGAUCAACACCGGGGGACUCAGGACCCAAAUCCUUCCUGGAAACGUGACGACCGAGGCGUUGUUGAUGGCCCUACCGUUCGAGAACUCGGUACAAGUGUACGAGCUGGAGGGCCGGUACCUGCAGGAGGCGCUGGAGUUCUCCGUCGGAGUCAACUGGAGCGACACCUUCAAUAGCGGACGCAUGCUGCAGAUUGGAGGUAUGCGCGUCAUAAUCAAUGCGUCGAAUCCAAUCGGGUCGCGAGUGACUGCCACAAUACGUUGCAUAGACUGCGACGUGCCGCGGUACUUGCCGCUCGACCCCGACGCCACCUACCGGGUGCUCUCGCAAAACUACAUCGGCGACGGUGGUGGCGGAUACUCGAUGAUAUCGGAUAACAGAAAGAACCUCGAGACGUUCCCCGAUCUAGACUACAUGAUGCUGCAGAACUACAUGAGGAGACAGGGCGUCAUCAUCAAGGGCUUGGACGGGAGGAUACAGGUCGUCUACUGAUUAGGGAUACAUCUUACGCAUUUAUAUAAUUAUACUCUUAUUUUUUUUUGUAAUAAAACAUUCAAUAACACAA